AUGGACAUUGAUUCUAAUUUAUGGUACUAUGUGAAAGAAGAACGAACUAGAAAGAAGCAAAUCAACUCGCUUAGCUAUUACGUUGUCAUUAUUCUCACCUGGUGUUUUGUCGUAAUAACGCUGCCAUUUUCAUUAUUUUUCUGUAUUAAAAUUGUCAAUGAAUAUAAACGAAUGGUUAUAUUUCGUCUUGGCAGAGUUUUACGAAAUUCAGUACAAGGCCCAGGCAUUGUACUCCUUCUUCCAUGUAUCGAUGAGCACUAUGUCGUCGAUCUAAGAAUACUGUCAUAUGAUGUACCGCAUCAAGAAAUGUUAACCAAGGAUUCCGUAACAAUAACUGUUGAUGCGGCUGUUUAUUUCAGAACUAGCGAUCCUAUGGCAUCAAUAACAAUGGUGACAGACGCCCAUCUUAGCACGAAACAAUUAGCUCAAACGACAAUACGAAAUUUGCUUGGUACUCGAACUUUAACAGAAAUAAUGUCUGAUCGUGAUGGCAUUGCGAUGCAUGCACAACGGGUAUUAAACGAAGGAACAAAUUCGUGGGGCAUUAAAAUUGAAAGAGUUGAAUUAAACGAUAUCCAUUUGCCACAUCAAUUAUGCCGAGCACUUGCUGUUGAAGCCGAAGUCUCUCGUCAAGCAGACGCCAAAAUUGUUUCGGCAGCAUGGGAACUGAAGUCGCUCGAAGGGUCGUCGUGCGCCGUUCAACUUCGAUAUUUGCAAAUAUUGAAAAGGAUCGCAUCAAUUAAUAAUCAUACAAUAGUUUUGCCUAUUCCAAUUGAUUUAAUUCGAAUUAUAAUGAAAAAUAAAAAAUUUAUUUAA